ACCCUUGUUGGCCGACUGGCAGUUGAAUGAAACGACCCGUUGUCCUCUUGCUUCUGUUCUGGCAAAUCAUUUUUGUACUUGGAGAGGAAAGGACCAGCUAGGGGUCUCAGAGAUUUGCCCACUCCGGUUGCCGCGAGCUUAGCACCCGCCCGAGUCACUCUUGGGACAGGAUGGAGAAUCAAGGAGUAGAGCAAGGUUAUGCUGAUGAGGCUGAAGACCCUCUGCGAGAUUGGACUCGCGAAUCCGAGCUGGGCGUUGACGGGUCGUCAGAGUGCCUCGUUCCUAUUCCGACCGUACAGGAUCUCGACGAGGCCAACACGGCUGUAGUCCCCAGCAACGGCACCGGAGACUGUGCCGCCCGGUCCACGUCCUCCGCGUCCACGAGUAUCUCAAUUGUCAGCGAACAGUCCGAGUCUACGUUCAGUAGCCUAGUCAAUCGUCAUUGUCGAGAACUUGUCGUAGGUGCCCGGCAGUGCAUGGCUGCAUGCAUGUGGCAGUCAGCAAUAGUGAAGCUAUCCAGGGCCAUUCUCUUGGCUAGCAAGUCGUCAGAGCUAUACCUCCUACGCGGCGAAGCAUUCCUACAGAUGGCAGAUUUCAAGUCGGCCACCAUGAACUUUGAAAAGGCCUUGUUCUGUGAACCAGCCAAUAGCGAGCUUCGUCAGCGCCUGACGCUGGUGCUGUACCUGCACGGGCGCAGUUUGUUUGAGCUGACACUGUAUGAGGAAGCACUGGCACUAUUUGAUCGGGUCAUAGAGGAUGAGUUUUGCCCGAUGGAAGUCCAUGGCAGCAGGAUUUCUUGCUUGGCACUUCUUGACCGGCACAAGGAAUGCCUGGAUUACGUUGAUCACCUGCUCGAGAAGUACGACGACAAUGCCGACUUCCUCAUUGUGCGAGCGAGGCUUUACAAGGGAUGUGGACGAAACAGUGCCUGUUUCUACGACAUACAGGCAGCUCUGGACCUUGACAGCGAGCAUGCAGCCGCACAUCAACUGCUCGAGGACUUGCAGCAAAGAGCGUACGGAUUUCAUUCGCAGGCAGUCAAGUUGUGCUUGGGCCAUCACUACUCGGAAGCACUGCAGAAGAUUUCCUUGGCCAUUGAAGCGGACCCGUCGGCAGCUACCUAUCACGUGUUUCGAGGUAUCCUGCACCGGCGAAUGCGCAACUUCACGGCUGCCGUCGACGACUUCACCAUAGCACUGGCAAAGUGUGGCCUGGACGAGAAAUGCCAGGUCAGCUGCGACGCGCACCGGCACUUGAGUCUCACGUACAAUGAGCUAGCCGUGGAGUGUUUCAUGAACCAGUUUUACAAUGAGGCUGUCCUGCUGCUAAACAAGGCCAUAGGGCGUGAGAAGAAUGAUUCCGGCAUGUAUAUAAAUCGCGGUGAUUGCUUCUUCAAAAUGGCCGACCUGGAGUUUGCACUGGCCGACUACGAGCAAGCGUUGGACUUGAGCCCCGAGGACUGGACGCUGCGUGGCCGCCUAGCAGUGGUGAACUGUCGGCUGGGUGCGCGCGAGUACGCUCAACAGUGCUAUGACCGCAGUCUGGAGUACUUCAACUCGGCCAUAUCUGUUCAGCCAGCGAUUGCAACAGCAUACGCACAACGAGCACGGGUGCACUUUUUAAAGAAGGAUCUUGGCAAAUGUCAGGAGGAUGUCCUCUCUGCUCUGGCUUUGAAUAGCCAGGAAGAAACUGCCUUGUCGCUUGCCAGCAGGUUAUUCCCGGACACAACCCCGCGGGAGAUAAUGACGAUGGAAAUUGGGAUGGCGGCGCGGGAGCGAGUUCGCACAGCCAUCCGCCAGUGUCACAUGGAUGCUCGUGUGAAGGUACAUCAUCAACCAGUCACGGAAGCAAAAGUCCAGGAUCACGUGGAUGAGAUUAUCGCCGCCAUGCCUAAAUUAUUCCUGGCUGAGGACGGUGUUGUGCACAAACGAAAAGCUGGAAAGGCUGAAGCCACGAAAGCCCAACGAUCUCUGAAACAGAGUGGCUCACCAGUGGCUGGUGAUCUUCAGCGAAUAAGACCCAUGGAUCUGCGCUCAGUGCUAAGCUCAGUUAGUGCCGCGAGUGCCAGUACUGGUGAAAGUGACUCAAGCAGCACGAAAGAUCCCGUCUCCAACUCCAGAUCUAAACAACUGCGUCGUCCGAACACCGAGCUAUCGUCGAAGAUCGAGAUUGGCGGCCUGCCCGGUGUACCCGAGCCUGCAAUGCCGUCACUACAGGCGUGCCUGGCGGAUAGGGAAUUCUUCACUACCAUGGUCAAGGCCAAGAACGAGACUGACACCAAGUUUAGCAAGUUACUGCGUGCUAAGCGGCCAUCACUGGCACAGCAACACCCGGCAAGGAAGGGCAAGCAGCUGGCUAAAGUGUCCAAGUCUUGACUUGGCAGCCUGUGUACUGAGACGUUACCAUCUCGUCCUCACUGAUGAUCGAAUGCCAACUUUGGAACAGUAUGUGAGAGAACAGUUCAUGAAUCUUGAGUUGAGCUUUUCAUCGCUUCUGAUCAGGAGUCGAGAUAAUCAUGACUUCUAUUCUGCAUGUUGUCUUGUCUAAGUUUGGCUUCAAGUGUCACACUGACCGUGAGAUAGUUGAUUACUUGAGCUCCUACCUUCUUGUGGCACGCGCGCAUGUGUGUGUGUGUGUAUGUGUACAGACCUGCUUGGCUGUGAAAUCAAGGGCGUCGGAACCGCACCGGCUGGGGCGGCCAUGGCCGCCUCACUUUUUCGGCGGUUUUUUUAUUUUUUUUUAGCACACUGCAACAAAGCGCGAUGAUCUCAGCGCAAACGUAGCAAAUCCUUGUCCCCGAUCGUGGUUUGUUGCAGAAUCAAAAGUCCAUGUAGAUGUAGAUCUACACUGAAAUGGCACCAAAUGCCUGGCAAUGCUUGCAAUUGGCUUCAAUUGUUGAAUUUUUUCCCGGGGGAGGGUAAUGUUUGUCCCCGAUCGUAGCAUCUUCUUGGUUUUUUGCAGAAUCAAAAAGUCUUUCAUUGUAGUUACCGUACACUGAAAUGGCACCAAAUGCCCGGAAAUGCUUGCAAUUGGCUUCAAUUUUUGAAAUUUUUUCCACGGGGGAGGACCCCGGACCCCCUUCCAUGGCCGCCCCACCUCCAAAGCCGUUCCGACGCGCCUGGAAAUUACUUAUUGGUUACUGUAUUAUGGCUCAUAGUACUGAGUUAUUACAGCUCAUGAUGAAAUAAGCUGUGUUGAUUAUUUGAAUCUCCUAAUGCCGCACCGGCGGUACACAUUUAUGUAUCCGGCAUACUCGUACUUCAGUACAAUGUAGCUGUGCCUUGCCCGUUCAAUAUGGACACAGCGAUAUUAUUAUUAUUAUCUGCCUGGGAGACAAACCAUAAUGAGUCA